AUGGCUUCAAUUCUGCGACAGAUUGUCGCAGGCCCUCGAGCCAGGCACCCAGAAGCUGGCCUGGACUUAUGCUACAUGACGGACAACAUCGUUGUGACUUCCGGACCCAGUUCAGUGUGGCCAAAGAAAGCCUACCGAAACCCAACAGAUCAACUGGUCAAAUUCCUAGACAAAAAACAUGGGGAGGAAUGGUCGAUAUUCGAGUUCCGCGCCGAAGGGACAGGAUAUCCUGACUCUGAAGUUUAUAAUAGAAUACAUCACUUCCCCUGGCCCGACCACCAUCCACCACCCUUUGCCAUUAUUCCCAAUCUGAUGGCUGCCAUGAGAAAUUGGAUCCAGCGACUGGAUGAUCCGAAUGCCGAGGCCGAGAACAAAAAGCAUAGGGUCGCCGUUGUACAUUGCAAAGCUGGGAAAGGCCGCAGUGGUACAACUGCUUGCUCUUAUCUAAUUAGCCAGGAAGGCUGGAAAAAAGAGGACGCCCUUGAACGAUUUACAGCCCGGCGCAUGCGAGCAGGAUUUGGCAAUGGUGUCAGUAUCCCUAGUCAACUUCGCUGGGUGGAUUAUGUCGAUCGGUGGACCAACAAGAUGGGUAAGAAGUACGUGGAACGGCCUGUGGAAAUAUUGGAAGUUCACGUUUGGGGUCUUCGCGAUGGUGUCAAGGUCUCGGUUGAAGGCUACGUCGAGAAUGGUCGAAGAAUUCGGCAAUUCCAUACUUUCAAGAGAGAGGAGAAGACCGUUAUCGAAGACGCCAAAGUCGACUCAUCAAGACCGCCGGUGAGCCAUAGCCAGGCUCGAAAAGAUGAUGAGAUCUUGGUCAGCCCUGCUGGGGGUACUCCCCAAUCAUCGAAUACCAGUCUGCCGGCGGUACCUGCAGCUCAGACGGUCAUUCUCAAACCCAGUACUCCACUCAUUCUCCCUACGAGUGAUAUCAACAUCGAUUUUGAACGUCGGAACAAGGCUGCAUAUACCGGAUUUACGAUGGUCACAGCGCUCGCCCAUGUUUGGUUCAAUGCCUACUUUGAGGGGGGACAUGAUGGCUUUGAUUCUGGAGUUUUCGCUAUUGAGUGGGAUGCCAUGGAUGGGAUAAAAGGCAGUGCAAGAAAAGGAACAAGAGCCCUCGAUCGACUCAAGGUUGUCUGGAAAUACGCUCAAGAUGAAGAGCACGUCAUACCUGAGCCCGCCAAGGGGGAAACUGUCCACGAAGAGCCAGCUGCCGACUGGCGUGGCGAGGAGAAUGAAGAAGCUCGACCAGCCGAUGGUGUUGACAGUGGUCGGCAGGGCGGUGCAGCGCUCACAAUGGGAGCAGUUGUCGCUGAAGGAGCUCAUACACUUGGAAAGGAACUUGGCUUGAGGAAAACUGCCCCCGAGAGUGCUAACAUUAGUCGUGCAUCUAGCGUCAACGACGAGCCGCUCAGAAAGAGUACGGAUUUGCAACGGGCAGAAGAGACUGACGAUGAAGGUGUCAAGACAAGCGGGCCUGGAGGAGAAGACCAUGUCAGCUAUAGUGACUCGGAUAGGGAAGAUACCCGUGUUGGCAAGGGCAUGGAGCUCGGUUUGGGCAAAGUCGCCAAUGUCGUAUCAAAACUGAAGCCUGAGGCUGAGGCUGAGAACAAAUAA